GCCCCACUUCCGGCCAUAACUGAGACAACUUCUCAGAACUUGACACUCUGAAAAGAAAGAACCCCUCUCUGGAGCUCUCUCUUCGGACCUCUCGUUGCUCUAGAACCCCUUCAGAAUGCGAGAAAGAACCCGAGAAAAGAAAAUCAAUACCAGACCCGAACCCCAAUUCCAGCCAAUUAUCAGCUGUAUUCCUGAUGAUAUUUUGCUUCAAAUAUUCACAAGGCUUCCGGUCAGAUCCCUGGGGAGGCUCAGCUGCGUUUCGAAAUCUUGGCAUUCCUUGAUCUUCAGCCCCAAUCUCGUCAAAUCCCAUUACAAAAGAUGCACGGAAGACAAGGAAAACGAGCAUCAUAGGAUCAUGUUCUUUAAGGUUGAGCUGGAACAUGAUGAAAGGCUCGGGUACGGGUCCGAGCUCGGGGUCAACUUUAGGCUCAGGCAGUUUGGGUGUUCCCUUCAUAGUGCUUUUUCCUGUGUGGUACCCAAGAAAAUUGAGGUAACCAGCGGCUUUAUUGGUAGUAUUCCUGUUGAAAAAUUCAGGUAUUAUAGAAACAAGGCUUGGGGUUGUUGUCAUGGGUUGGUUUUGAUCAUGGUUGAGCGAGAAAGUAUGUUGUUGUGGAAUCCUGCUACAAGAAAGUACAGAGAGUUGCCUGAUUCUGGGAUUAGAAAGGAGCAUAAGUUACCUGGCUCUUCUCGCUUGUCAUGUGGGAUUGGUUAUGAUGAGUCUAAUGAUGAUUUUAAGGUUCUUGUACUUUCCUCAGUUGGUGGUACGCGGAAUGAGACUCUGGCUAAGGUUUAUAGCUGGAAGACGGAUUCUUGGAAGAAGAUUGAAGAUCUUAAGUACUCUUUGAUUGAGCUAGGCGGCUGUUAUUAUCUGAAUGGGAUUUUACACUUUAUUGCAUAUGAUCCUCAAAGUCGCGGUACUUGGAAUAUGGCUUCUGAGCGGAAAAUUGUAGGUUUUGAUUUGGCGAAUGACAUUUUUAAACAGAUAGAACUCCCUGAAGAAUUGAUUACCAAAUGUACGUGGAAAAUAGGAACAUUAAGAGGAUGCCUCUCUUUGUUCGUUUAUUCUGGAGGCAAUCAGGUGGAUGUAUGGCUCAUGAAGGAGUAUGGAGUAAGAGAAUCUUGGUCUAAAGUGGUUGUUGCUCCUUUUUUUCAAGAUCCUCAUGGUACUGUGUUCAGCAAGCCUUUGAUUUUAUCAGAGAAUGGUCGGCUUUUGUUUGUGACUGCGCCAAGACCAAAGUUGGGAGUUUAUGAUCCAAAUGAGAAUUCACUCCACUAUUCUCAGUUUAUUAACUUGGAAUAUCCUUAUGAAGCAGAUGUGUGUGUUGAAAGCUUAAUUUCUCCGUAAUGCUGUUCAUGGAUUAAAAGGGACUUCAACCAUAAAGACGAGCAAUAAGAGAGAUAUUACCUACACAAGCAGAGGUUGGAGAGCGAGAACUGUGGUAAGAAAUGAGAGGAGUGUUGCAAGACAACUCUGGUUUUUUCCUUCAAUGUGCCGCAGAUUUGCCCCUUCUUUUUGUUUGGAAUUGUGAAAUUGUGUGUAUUUGGGUUUCACGGGUCACAACAAAAGAAGUACAGCCAGUUGAUUUAAUUGUUAAAGAUCCAUGGGGCCAGAUUAGACAUCUCCAAAACUUUAGGAAGGCAUGCUAGUUAGUGGUAGGCACUAUAGCGCAACACUAUUGGAAAGUCCCUAUACUAACACUGAACUAGUUGAGGAUGUAGCCCAUGUUUAAUAGCUAUGUUUCUUACUUAAUCAUCAAUAUCUCUUGUUGACAUGGUAGAUUAUGAACUAGGUGUUUGCUUCGAGGCUGCAGGAAUCAGGAAUGCAAUAACUUUAUUUAGAGUUUCUCAACCAAUUUUGAUGCCCCUGCAAUAUUUGUGAAUCAGAAAAUGCCCUUUUUUGGAUUUUUCACUUGUCACUAUUCUAUCGAGAACUAUCUCUUAACCUUUAAAAUUAACCAUAUUACUAGGGGUGUAGCGAUAUUUAUAUUUACUACGGCACAGUUUUAAUUAUUUUUAUUUCUAGUGAUGUCUUAAAAAUCUCUCUUUGGAAGCUUAUCUUGUGCAUUCACACUAAAUAAUCCAACCUUGCUCAUCAGUGAAGUCCACUUUCAUGGUAAUUCCCAUUCGAGAAAAUCCUAAGAUGUUGAAGGUGUCAAUUUAUUGAAGUCCACUUUUAACAUAUAUGCAAUUGAAUUUAAUGAAUGACUUAGCAUGUCAAGGUGCAACAAUUAUUGUAAAUGAAAUUGCCUGUUUACCAUAGUAAGAAAUGAGAGGAGAGUUAAGGUCACUGCUUUUGUCCUUGAAAUGCCACACAUGUGCCCCUUCUUUUAGUCUAGAAAUGUAAUGAUUUUAUGUAACAGGGUUGCAUGAGUCACAAAUUAAGAUGUACAACCAGUUGGUUUAAUUUUUUAGGCUAAGAUCCACAAUAGUCAAAUAGCCCAGAUUAGAAAUCUACAAGACUUUAGAAAAGCAUGCUAUUCAGCAGUAUCUGCUAUCACACACAUGCUGAGUGCUAUUCAAAAGUCGUUACGCUGUACACUAUAGCACUGAACUACAUUAGGGAUGUAACCUGCUAUUGACAAUUAUGUUUGUUGUUUUGUCCCUUUAUCUCUAAUUGGCACCUAGUUCUUAACCAGGUGUUUGUGGAGGGUAUGGGAAUUAGAAUUUGAUGGCUCCAUCCAGGUUUUUUUUACAUGUUGAUGCCCUUGCAAUAUUUGUGAACAGGUUUACCAUUUUUCUUUUUUUUUUUUUAAAGUGCAAGUGGGAGGGUUCGAACCCAAGACCUGCCACUUACACUCCUUCCCCCUGAACUACCCAACCCAUCCCUCCCCCCGUGUGAAUAGGAUUACCGGUUCUCUGUUUAUCAAAGAGAAGUGGAUUACAGGAAAUCAACUUUUGUUUAAACAUUAGAAGGGAAACAGAAAGGGUCCUAUCUUUGCUUCAGCAAUUGUUGCAUGAUCUGUAAACUUCUAAAAAAUAUCUGCUAGUCAUCGGUUUUAUUUGGGGUUGGUCAACAGUUGAAUUUGGGGUUGGUCAACUAGUCAUUGGUUUUAUUCUCUUGCUGCUCGAGAAAUCCUGUCUAUUUCAAUUUAUCCUGUUCAAAUGAGACAACUUCUAAGAACUUGACACCAGACCGUUAUCUUGUUUCAGACAUGUUUGGGACUAAUUCUUUGGUCAUAGGUACUGGCUAUCCAGCUGAGGCUGUAAAUUAUCCAUAACAGCAUUCAGUUGUACCAUGCCCUCGUAAUUGUGUUUCCUACUUAAAUGAACAUCAACCUUUCCUGAUGUAUCUUUCUCAACAUGAAUGUCUAAUCCUGGUUUUCUAUCCAGAUUAUGCACAUCAGUAACAUCUGUGGUUGCUAUAUCCCCAGUCAGAGCAAAAGAACCCUCUCCUGCUGCCAUUGAUGUUGAAUAUCCAAUAUAUCCAUGUUUAGCUAGAGCAUGUUUCACUGCAUGGACUACAGAGUCAGAACGGUCAUGAAGUUUAACUGCUAGUUAUAGUAAAGAACAUUUUGCGAACUUCAGGUAGUUAUCUAGUUUGGCUAACUGUUUACCAUUUUUGGAGGACAUCUUUGGACAUUUCGCAUCUACAAUUGACUUCAUCCUUAGCAAUGUAGACUUUUCUGAUAUGUAAGGCUGGAAGAGAAGUUAAUAUGUCAUGUUAAAAUGAUCAAAAGUUAGAAAAUAUUAGCAGCAUUUCUGUUCAAGCUUGUAUGAAGUAGAGUUGAAUCAAUAUGCUUUAGACUUUUGAGAAAUCCCCUUGAACAAGUGGUGUUGGACUAGGUAGAUAAAUUAAUCUUGAGCAUUGGUGUUGGACAUAUUGUAUAAAUAUCUUUGAUAUAUACAGUUACUCAGCUCCGGCUAUCAUGCACUAACUGGAAUAAAUUACCACACAAUGAUUGGACUAAGAUUCUUGAGAACCGUUUUGAAGAAACAGCGAGGGAAGUUUGAUGAGCUACAUGAUGAAAUGAAGUACCUUCUUGGAGCUUCAGUCAACGAAGUAGGAAUAUUGAUUUUCUCUCUUUCUGGCUUCUGCGUGCGAAAUGGUAGAAGACUCGACCAAAGAUUCAAAGAACUGGAGGUUGCGCUUUUUCCUCCCUACAAGAUUUUUGAGAAACUCUAAUUUUUUACUCCUUUAUUGGCAUUAUAUCGACCUCAGUACUUGAAAUCAGAAAUCAUGUAUUGGUCUCAUUCCAGUGUACAUUUUCUUGAAUCGGUUGACCUCUUUGAAAUUUGAUCGAAAGAGAAAUUUCUUGGCUAUCA